AUGCAGACCCACAACAAGCACUCGCCAAAACGGCCAAUCAGCUCGCCAAGACACUACGGAAGGCAUCUCCACAAGCUCAGCCAGAACCGACCAGCAACCGAUCAGCCGCAGCCAUCCGACGACGACCACAACAACAGCAAAAACAAAAACAAAAACAAUGGCCAGCCUUCCCCACAGAGCACCCAGCCCAAGAAGAAGAUCAACAAGCGCUCAUCCAGCCAUCCCACUCCCAGAUCUCCACCCGCCCAGCCCCACAAGGCCCCACCCCCACUCAUACUGCCCAUCCUGCCCAACCUCUACGACCCCAGUCUGCCGAUCGACUGCACCUACUCGCCGCCGGCCUCGCCCGACUACAUCCCCAAAAUCCAGCCCAACACCCACCACGACCCCAUCCGCUUCCCGCCGCCGGACUACAAUGGCCAAUUCACCUUCAGGCUCGAGAUGCACCAGGUCUGCCAGCGUCUCGCCGGCCUCCAUCUGGCCAUCACCACCGACAAGAAGAACCGGGCCGUGCAGGUCCAAGAGGCGAUGCGCAUAGCCAUGGAGCGGCUCGACGAGCCCCCGCAGGCCUUCCCGCCCGACGACCACCAGCACUUCGCCCACCCGCAGCUCCUCCGGGCCCCGCCGGCCAACAUCCAGCUGCCCACCAGCUACCCCGUCCGGCCCGGCAUGCGUCGGGGACAUGGACACUCGUCCUCCUCCGAUGAGGACGAGGGCGGGAUGCCGCGGGAAUGGGCGCGGGUGCGGGUGGAGUACGAGGCGCGCGUGGGCCGGGGGUUCAUCGACCCGACGCUGGCGGGGAUCGACGAGCUGGGAGGGCCGGAGCGGGCGGGCUCGGGACGCAAGAAGAAGGGCGGCGGGCAUUGCCAGCUGGGCCGCUCGCCGAUCGCCCGCUUCUUCGUCGAGCCCGACGAAUGGAUCUGCGCCUUCUGCGAGCACGAGCUCUGGUUCGGCGAGCCCCUCGGGCUGCUCCGGGUCAUCAAGAACCGCAAGGACGUGCUCCGCAGACGCAGACGGGCCAAGGAACGCGCCGCCAGAGCCGCCAGUGGCGUCCCUCCCACCACCCCCUCCUCCAACAACCCUCCUCCCCCUCCGACGUCGACGACAAAUGAUGUCCUGCCCAACCCCCGGGCAAUCAACUCUCCCCCGAGCUCUUCCAACGAGAACACCAAGACCGUCAAGAAGGCCAAGAACAACUUCCCAGCACAGCCCUUGCCUCCUCCACGCCCCCCCGUCCCUCCCCACCAGCAACAACAACAACACGCCCCGAAAGCCUCCUCGACUAGUCCGCCGACCCCCCGGCCCCGCUCGGCCGGGAGGACCCUCGACGGCGGCGACGACGAUCGCCGCCGCCCCGUUUCUGAUCACCGCCCCUCCACACUGCCCCAUCCCCCGCCCGCGCCCAAAUCUCCCCCCGACAAACUCGCUCACAUCCCCCCUCCUUCUCUUCCACUCACCUCUCAAGAUCAUUGA